GGCCUGCUCGCUGCCUGAAAUUGCUUUCGCCGCCGGUGACACUACUUUUACUUCCCGUUUCUGAUGAAUAGGAUAACUAAAAUCUUCUCCAGUGAAGCUAAUGCUGUCGCGGGCCCUGCAACUGCCUGCAAGUCCUGCAAAGUAAGCGGGAAGGGUGGGAGACGGAGAUACCCGAGACCAACGGGACGGGUUGGUACCUAGGCGGCAAUCUGGCAACACUGAAGUUUUAGGCGUUGAAAACGUUCCGUCCGAAGCAUAACAAUUUCUGUGUGUAUACACUCGAGUUAAGGCCUUAACUCUGUCUGCUCGUGUAAAGAAAAUGCCUUCAACUCUAGUAAUUUCCUCUAAGAUUUAGUACGCGAUCAAAUCUUUCUAGGUUUGGUUCUCGUGCAUUUCAAGUGGUUAGUGAAAACAUCCAGUGCACUACGGUUAUCUCACUCUAGAGGAAUAGUAGUCUUGUGUCUCAAGAUGGACGAUUGAAAUUUCAAGAUAACUACUAGCCAGUGGUAAAUUGCAAGUCUUUGCCCAAGGAAGAAUAUCUGCCACAGAAGCAGUUGCACAGGACUGGCUUUCUUUGAAUGGAUGCAUCGAGAAUUUGACAUGCAGAACUUUGCAUCUGAGAUGUUCAAUUCACACCACAGAUGGCUCCAUCAAAAUGUUACCAGCGCUAUCCUGGAGCCCGUCAAUCAACCAAAAUUCCCAUGGAAAUGACAAAAGGACUCAUUCGCAUUCUGUCAGUGUUCUGAUGGGAUGGUUCUUGGAAAGGGAAAGGCGGUGUCUCCGCUUUUAAGUAUGGCUGAACCAGUUAAAAAACGACUGAGAGUAGCUGGCAAUGAUGAAGCGGAGGAAGAAGAUGCUGCUGCUCAUGACCUUAUGGAGUUCCAACAGAAUCUCCUGAAUCAAUGUUUGUGUUGUAUGUCAGAAAGUAGUUUGAGGCGCCCAUUUAGGGACAAACCUUCUGAUACAUCUUGGACACGUGACCGGAUUUUACAGUUUGUUGGCUCAAUCCAACUUCUCUGUGAAGUUGCCAUGAAGCAAACAACUAGAGGCUUUGUGUGUUCUAGGAUAGGAGAUGUCUGUGAUGCUCUUACCAGAAAUGAGCAUGGUUUAAUUGAUAGGCUUGUUGAGCUCUCCUCACAUUCAGAUCGCUUUGUUUGCUUUGCUGCAAGUCGGGCUCUUUCAGCAUUCCUUUUAGUUUCUAAAACAAAUGUAGAUCCAUUUUGGUUGCAAAAUUUGGCUGACAAUGCAUUGUCUACAUCUCAACCUCGUCAAAUGUGUUUUUCGUUAGAUGUUAUAAGAAGAAUUGUAGAGUACAAAGAAUGUGACGGACAUGUACUUGAAGAAAGAGGUGGUCCAGAAGAUAAGCCUCCGUCCUCAUGUAAUAUUUUAAUGACGGACCCUGAGGCUGAUUGUAGUCAAGUAAAGAGCUUGUGUGUAAAGGUUUUAGAGGCAAAAUGGCCGGCUCUUGUAACAAAAUUUGAUUCUCUUGUCUCUUCCUAUGCAUCUGAACAUGAAGCUACAGUUGUUACUUUUCUAGAACUGUGGGAAGCCUUAAUAUCUGUUAAAGCAAAUUUGUCAGUUGCUGAUACCAAGCCAUUUUAUGCACACUUAGAUAAUGUUGUAAUGCUGCUAGCUCCAAGUGUUCCUCCAGUUGUAUGGAAAUCAAUAUUAAAUCUUCUCAACGAGGUCCUGUGUUAUGGGAGCACCCUCGCAUUGCAAGAUGUGUUGGCAGAAGAGCCUUGUGCGCUUGCUCAUCUUGUGGUGCGAGGGGUGAAAGAUUCGCGCCUGCUGGACGGGUUGCCCUACAGAGGAGGAUCAGGCCGGUUUGGUGGAGGGGUAGGGGAUGGAGACAGACCCUUACUCAAGAAAAUGGUGCUCCUUGUCUUGAAAGCUGUUGCUGUGACAGUGAAAGAAACUCGAUGUGAUUCAAGUGACAGCUCCUUAAGUUCUGAUGCCGACGAAGCUGAUGCAGACAUGGCUCUUAUUGAACGCAGCAUUAGAGAAGUUCUUCGUAAGCUAGAUCAAUGUGUAAAGGCCCUGGUUCCUUUUCAUCCUGAAACUCCUGUUGCCCAGUGGGUGGUUCAACUAUUUGCUGAUCAAGAUGAUGCAUUGGUGGAAAGCAUGGUUUGUUGUCUAGACACUGCAGUGGGUCUUGUCUAUCGAGAUUCUGUUGUGCAAUCUGAUACAACUUUGAGACGUGUUUUAAGCCCAGCUGCUACAUUUAUUCAGUUUGUUCGGGCUGUGUCUCACGAACCCGAUGUUCUUCUGGACUUGUUAGUUUCAAAUGAAACAUGCUUCCUUUUGUACUUACUUCGGACCUUAAAAUUUGUUCGUAGGAAUUGGGAAGAAUUCAUGCAAGAGUGUGCUGGUGAGUUGGAUAAUGUUAUGACCGUGCUUAUUCGAUUAAGGCUUGCUAUAGACCGUCUUGUUUCCAAGGAUUUGUUUCCAUACAACAUUGGCCCUGUACUUAGGUUACUUGAGAAGUGUGAAAGUAUGUAUGAAGGUAAUACUCAAUAACUCAACUAAUUUUCAUCUCAUAACUUUUUCCAGUGACGAAAAGAGAUAAGCCUGUACAAAACUGCACUAUUUGUAUUUUUUUGAAUAAGUCAAUUUUAAUUGUAAUGCUGUGAUCAACUGUUUUCAAAAUUUUGUUUGAUGAAUUCUGGAACUGCAGUAAUUCCUGUAGAAGUUUAACCCACUCUGUGCACAUGUUUUCAUAAAGAAUAGCUUGUUUAUUGUUCAUGUUGUUUGCUCUGUGCUCAUUGAUGUGUUACGAUGGACCAUUUUUUUCUCCCAGGUCCUUGCACAAACAUUUGUCAGCAGCUCAAAAUUUAUGUAGGUCCCUGGAACUCUAGAGCCCCAUACAUUAAAUGAACCCUGUGGGGUUCAUGUUAUUUCAUAGGAGUUUUCAGCUUUUUGUCAGGGUAUACGUCUGUCAUUUCUCUUCAAUAAUAUGAAAGUGGCUGCCUUUUUUCUAUUUUGAGAAUUUGGCCGGUGAUUUUGUUGUGGGGUCUUGUGUUGGGCACAGGAAACUGUACUUGUUAGGGUGUUUAUUCAGUACUUAAAAACUUGUGGGUCUGAGAUAAAAGAAAAGUGCUUCCAUAUUUAUUAACAUAAGAAUGCUCAACCAAUUUGUAUUAGGACCAUAACUGUUUUCAAGUGGAGUGUAGAUAUUGUUUAUGAUAUAGCCCUUUUUAUUCCAUGUGUUAUGAUUGAAAUUCUGACACCACUUCACUGUAUAGAUAUAUUUAUGUAAGUGAUAAGGAAAGAAAUUUCAUAUUUUUUGUAUUGAAAUAAUGAAAGUUAUUUAUGUUUUGUACAUUUUAGAAUCUUAAGUGAAAUAUUUAUGUCACGUUGUGCAGACUUCCCUGUAAUGUUUGCAGUACAUCUGCACAUUUAAUAGCAUCAUGUGCAUUGUACAAGUUACCCUAUCACCUCACUAUGUUUUCCAGUGAGAAUAAAAUUGUUCUGAACCUUAA